UUCGCCACCACAGAUUAAGUUCCCUACUAAGAAAUACCAAAUAUUUAAAUUGAAUCUCACUCACAGCAGCUCGAAUAGUGAGAAACAUCAGUUGGAAAAGUCUCUUGUCUCGGUACGCUACUUGAAGCUUGGCACGGUUGAAAGGAUCAUGUACAAGGUAGUGGGGGUGGUGGCUGUGCCCGGAGCUCUCGGUCUGAUGUCAGGGGCUGUGUUUGCUGCCGCCGAAGACAAGCCAAAUGACACCGUAAACACAGAUGAGCUCUCCCUCUACACGGUACCUCAGUCCAAGUUUCGCUACGUGGAGCCAGAGAUAGGGCACUUGGAGCAAGGCGUUACCAAUCUAAGGAAACUGGCAGAGCCCUACACUUCAUGGUGUCAGCAAACCAGGCAUUCUGCAGUGGAGAAGGUUCAGGGUGCCAUUGGAAAAGUGUUGCCCAAGGUUGAGAGUGUCAGCCAGUUAGGAAAUGAGACCUUCACAUUCCUAAAAAAUCCUCCUGCUGAAUUCUACCCAAGGGCUGGGGUCAUUGGAUUCGCUGGUAUCCUUGGACUUUUUUUUGCAAGAGGCUCCAGAGUGAAGAAGCUGUUCUACCCAACAGGGCUGAUGGCUAUAGGCUACUCCAUGUACUACCCACAGCAGGCUGCGGCGAUCGCCAAGAACACAGGAGAAUCGUUGUAUGAUUUUGCCCUCCAGGGCUACGUUAACACAGAGAAGGUUUUCAAGUCCGCCACCACGCCAGCUCAGCGGAAGACGGUGAAAAAAACGAAACCGGAGGAAAGGAAACCGGAGGAUGCAGGCCUAGCUGAAGAGGCCAAAUCCUGAUCAGACUAUGCUGUGCUACUAGGAUCGUCAUGGCACACCAAAACCAGAUUAUCCGUCAUACCAGGUAUAACAGGUCCCUGCCAUUGUGUGCCACUGUAGGUCAUGGAUAGGCUCGCUCCCGUUGGCGGCCAUCUCAUGACCUUCGUUUGCACUAGACUUGCCUUAUCUCCUUGGCCGUUAACCAGGAGAGGGCAGGACCUGUCACCAAGGUUUAAACAUGUAUCAUAAAUGGUCCGACUUUGUGAUUCGAAUGUACAUAUGUAAACCUGAAUAAAAUCAAUAUUGUAUAUG